UGUAUGCGAAAAGGUUUGAUAAGGAGGCGGCGAAGUAGUUGUAUUGUUGUUUAGACAGGAGGGAAGAUGUUGGCGUUGGUUCUGGUGUUUCUUUUCUGCAAUUCCUUGUCCGCUGAAGUUAUAAAUUGUAAAGGAUGUGUGCCUUUAGACUCCUAUUCAUUUGACAAAAUUAUUUCGAGGUUUAAAGCAUCAGUGAUAAAAUUUGAUGUUGCAUACCCUUAUGGUGAAAAGCAUGAAGAAUUUGCAAAAGUCUCCCAUGCUACCCAUGACAUUCCUGACCUGCUUAUUGGUGAAGUUGGUGUGAAGGACUAUGGUGAAAAAGAAAACUCUGAUCUUGCUGAACGUUUCAAAGUCACCAAAGAUGAUUUUCCAGUUGUGAAAUUAUUUCUGCAGGGGAAGGAAGAGCCAGUUACUUUUACAGACACAGAUUUCACUGCAGACAAUAUAAAGAAAUUCAUCCGCAAAUAUUCAGGAAUCCAUAUAGGAUUACCUGGGUGUCUGGAAACUUUUGACAAACUAGCAGCAAAGUUUUCAGAAACAAAUGAUAAAGAAGCAAAGAAAACAAUUUUGAGAGAAGCAGAAGAUGAGUGGGAUAAGACAAAAGGUAAGGUAGAUCAACAAAAAGCAGAAACCUACGUCAAAAUGAUGCGAAAAGCCCUGGAGAAAGGGGACGAGUUCAUUCCUAACGAAAUGAAGCGAGUGCAAAAUUUGGCAAAAGGCAAGCUGAGUAAAGAAAAGAAAGAGGAAAUGCAACAUCGACUUAAUAUCUUGCAGUCAUUCACACACGAUGAACUAUAAUAUCCUAUUUGUUCGGAUAUCAGCUAUCAGCAGAAAGACUGAGAUAAGGCAAACAUUCCAGCACAACAAAACAAGAGUGUGAAUAGUUUGGUUGAGUGACUUGUAUGUAUGACAGUAGUGAUAAAAUUUUGUGUAAACAUGGUACCACUCUUCAGAAAUGUUACUUGGUCAGUGGUGUAAUUAAAUUUUAAAAAGUUCUAUAAAAUUAUCAUACUUUUAAAUCAUUGCCUUUUAUUGAUACAAAUUGUGUUCAGAAAAUUGUUGUAUAAGCUACUCAUAGCAUAAACUAAAAGGUAAAUACUAGUAGGUAAUUUUGGUGCAAUACAGAAAAUGAUGUCUCACCUUUUCAUGUUUCUUUAAAGCCAUAAAACACAUUACACUUUUCCUUUUAAUUAUGGCCUGAUUUGAAUGUGUAUUUGCCUACUCUGUAUCUUUCCAUUACUGUUAUGUGUAGCAGACUCCUACAAAGAUGGAAUGGUUGUGGUUUUGUUUUUAAGGACAUGUGUAUUUGCUGUCUAAUAUGUGCAAAUUGGCUGUUUGUUGUUUUUGUUGCAGUUUGUGUUUUUUAAAUACAAUGGAUUUAAAAGA